AUGCUGAGGGGUCAGGACUGAUGGCAGGGGAAGAUGAAGUCUACAUCAUCUAGGUUGGAAAAUUGCUCUGGUCCCAAGCAGACCAGUUACCAUGGCAGCACCCAAACUUUGACAAAGUGUUAAAGAAGGCAGGACCAACUAGCCAACUACAAAAGCUGCUCUUAGUAAGACGGCAGAAGCUCUGUUACGGAAAGAUUUACGAUGAGUGACCCUGAGAAACCUGACUCCGGGGAGGGGGGGCGUAGCAGCCCCCAGGAGGCGAGCGCUGAUUCUGGGGGUCAGCCAGAGAAAAGCGAAGGAGACGAGGCAGAAAAGAAGAAGAGUGAAGCUGAGGGUGAGAAAAGGAAGGACAGCGAAGACAAUGAACCACUACAUGCCGGUGAAGAGCUGGAGCUUCCACUUAUCAGCGGACACAACGCUGAGCCUGGUGUCAGGGUACACAGACGCAUAGGUACCAACAAGCCGAAAGUCACCAGCCCCGUAGCCCACUCUGCUGUGUCGUCCCCCUCUGCCACCACGGCUGCUUCAGGGAAACGCACGGCAGUGCUGUCAAAUGAGGCCAGGAAGGAGAUGGUGAAGCAGGCCAGGGCUGCCAGAGAUGAACGGCGCGCCCUGCUGGACGUGCGGCACAAGUACCUGAUUUCCAAGCUGGCUGACGGUGCAAAUCUAGGGGAGGUGGAGGUGGAGGAGACACUCAUAUCUGACGACAAGUUCAACUUAAUAGAAGAUUUUUUUGCAGCGAAUGGAUCAAAAAAGCUGAUUUUCUUCUAUCAAGAUGUGAAAUUGAGACAGAACCACCACCUGUCUUGGUCCGAUAUGGUGAGUUCUUCCCAGUGUCAGAAGAAGCUGUUCAUCACCACUGGAUCAGCAGAGGGUUUGGUCGGAACGUGCUUGUUUUUCCUAAGAACCACAGACAAGGCCAUAACAACCUCCAACGUGUCUCAGGAGGUGAAUUUCGGGAUGUUCGAUUGCUCCAGUGGAAACGUUCUCCACAGUGUGGAAAAGUUUCUCUCCUUAGUCAUGCUGCCUGCACUGAAGUCUCAAGAGAACUGGGGCACUGUGAAGGAAGGGCUGAAGAAUGUUCAGGUGCAGGAUUUCCUCGCGUCUGUGGACAAAUUCAUCUCUAGCCUUCUGUCGGCAAGGCAGAACUUGGAGGGAAAGUUUCAGCUACAUACCACGGAAAAUCAGUACAACCUGGAAAACCUGCACGAGCCUUCAGAUUACACUGCGGCAGCCAGUAACACAGAGCUGGUGGAGAUGCUGGAAGGAGUUCUCCUGACCUGGGCGCAGCAGAUCGAGCAGGUGCUGACGCAAAGCGAGCAGAUGAGGAAGGAGGCUGACGAUAUCGGGCCCUCGGCUGAGCUGGAGCACUGGAAGAGCCGGACGGUCACUUUCAACAGCAUCCUAGAUGAGAUUAAAAGCCCCCCUGUGAAGAAGGUUGUGGGGCUGUUGCAGGUGGCCAAGUCCAAGACACUGAGGAGGUGGAAACAACUGGACUGGAACAUCACGGAUGCUGCUAAUGAGGCUAAGGACAACGUGAAAUACCUGUACACACUGGAGAAGUUCUUUGAACCGCUUGGAAAAUGCACUCCGAUGAACUUGCUAGAGCACAUCCCCAAACUGAUGAACUGCAUCUACUUGAUCCACAACGUGUCGCAAUACUACAACACUUCAGAACGCAUGACGUCACUCUUCAUUAAGAUCACCAACCAGAUGAUGAGCACCUGCAAAACGUACCUCUGCCAGGGUGUGUCCAAAGUGUGGGAGCACGGCAGAACUGAGCUGCUGAAGAGGAUCAAGGAAUGUUCUCAGCUCAACCAAGAGUACCAGCAGUGCUUUCAACGAGUUCGAGAAAAGAUCCGGGACAACCCAGAACACCGGCAAUUUGAAUUCAGUGAGAACUACAUCUUCGGGAAGUUUGAUGCUUUCUGCAAGCGCUUGGAAAAGAUUGCGGACAUGGCCGACAUGAUGGAACUUCUCUCGAAUCUACAGCAUAUAAAGAUUGAAGGCAUUGAGAAGAUACACGUUCGCUAUCAGACCAUAGUGACCAGCACCAAGUCCAAGGCCUACAACGUGCUUGACCACCGAAAGCCUGAGUUUGAGAAUGACUACAAGGAAUUCAGGUAUCAGGUUGAUGGACUCUUUCAGUCACUGCAGAUGCUGCUUGAGUCCUGGUUUGAACGGUUGCCAUCGAUUGAGCAAAAGCUAGAUCUACUGGCCAAAUUCGAGAAUGUUAUUGGGGACCAGCUUGACCUGGCAGAGAAGUAUCUGGCAGUAUUGCAACUUUAUGGCAGAGAUCUGGAGCUGAUGCGUAAGCUGUUCCAGAAGCAGGGGGCUGAUCCCCCCAUCCAACGCAAUGUGCCCCCAAUUGCCGGAAAGAUAAUGUGGUCUCGUCAGAUCUACAGAAAAAUUGAAUUACCCAUGAAAGUUUUGAAGAACAAAGUAGAUGUCCUACAGGUGCCACUGAUGAAGAGGGUAAUCAGGAACUACAACAAGAUGGCUGCCGACCUGAUCAAGUAUGAGCUGCUACACCACCGGGGCUGGUCCCGCACCGUGGAAGUCGGACUGCGCUGCCUCAGUGCAUCCUUGCUUGUUAGAUCCUCUGAAACCAAGGAGCUGUACGUCAAUCUAGACCCGAUGAUCUCUGAAGUGCUGCAAGAAUCCAAGCACAUGCACAGGAUGGGUUUUGAGGUUCCAGAAGUGGUCUUCAAGGUCAAUGAGGCUGAACUGAAAUCCAAGCAAAUCAUGUUGCACGAGAUGCUGAACGAUAUGGAGGAAGCUAAGAAGCGGAUUCCCGCUAUUCUGCAGCCGCUCAUGCAGCCGUUUCACAGUCAUAUUGAUGCGGCCAUUUCUCCUGGGCUCACCAUGCUCUCCUGGAGCUCCACCAACACUGAGAAAUUUGUGAAGAACGUGUACAGUGUGCUGACUGAGCUGGGGCACAUCGGGAAGACGGCCAUGGAUAUCCUGGAUUGUCGCAUCGAUCGGGUCCUGCAGGCCAUGUCCUCCAGCUCCCUGCUGGUGCUGCUCCAGGAGCCUGUGGCACCUUCUGCUUUUCAGGGGCUGGCUGAGGGCACAGUGACAGCUGCGGCUCUGAGGCUCAGAUCACAAAGCCAACAGGUGGAGAGAUCCAUGUACCUGCUAAUCGAGAGCAUCAAGAGCAAAAUGAAACCCGAGGAGAAGGUGAACCUGGAGGAAACCUUCCCCUGUCUGCACCCCGAUGCCAAGACAAAGGUGCGAUGCCUGUGUUGUCUGCCUUGUAAAUUCUACAACAUGAUGGGCCAAAUUUGCCAAAGGAACACGGAUGCUUUAGUCAAAGCUACAAAAUUGUCCCUGGAUGCACUAAAGAAAAGACUCCAUGUUAGCAGUUCUAAGUAUCAGAUGUCCUCCCGGCUGAGUAGGUCCACCGCCCAAGCCCCUCUCUUCAGGGCUUCCAUCGAGCUGGCAAUUCCGAACAUUGUCAUGAGGCCCAGUCUGGAGGAAAUCCAGAGUAUGCUUAAUAAAACUGUGAACACUGUGCUGUCCUUGGGGAGGGAUAUUCCACUGUGGACAUUUUCUCAUCUCCAUCACAAGCAGUUGCAGGCCGAGCAAAACGCCGUCAGAGAUGCUGGUGAUGACAACCUGCCGACAAAGCAGAUCCUGCUGAAGCCUCUGGACCGGCAGCUGAGUGAGCACAAGGACAUCUCCAAGGUGGUGGUCCAGCUGGCCUCCAUCGUCUCGUCACUCAAGACAGAUGCCGUUGACGUGCUGGAGGAGUUUGCUCACUUCUCGGCCCUGUGGAAUCAGGAUCCAGAAGAACAGUUGAAAAUAUUUUUGGAGAGCCAGCCUUCUCUAUCAGAAUUUAAUGCUCAGAUAACUUUCUACUCUAAACUGGAGGCCCAAAUUGAAGAUCUGCCAGCGAACUGCACCGUGGGCUCCGUCCUGUUUGACACAGAGCAGCUCAAACUGUCCCUAACUCAGGAGUGCCGAGCCUGGAAGAGGGCGUUUGGGGCAUCAUUGAAUCGCCAGGCCUCGGCCGACAUGGCCGAGAUCUACACUUUCGUGGACAGCAUGAGUAAACGGCUCCAACGCCCCGUCGAAGAUCUGGAGGACGUCAGAGGAGCCAUGGCCAUCCUCAGGGAGGUGCGGGAGGCGGAGAUCCGCAUGGACAUGAUGAUCGGCCCGGUGGAGGAGUCCUUCGCCCUCCUCAACCGCCACGAGCUCUCUUUUAGUGACGGGAAUGCGGAAAAAGUGGAUGGCUUGGCGUACGCCUGGAGAAACCUCAACUCACUGGUCAGGCAGACCCAGAAUAUUCUGGUGAGGAUUCAGCCCACGAUGAAAGCUGACCUGUUGGCUUGUGUGGAAGCAUUCCAGACCUCUGUGCAGACCUUCUACUCAAGUUAUGAUACAAGUGGCCCUGGGGUGGAGGGUCUGCCCCCCCGUGAAGCUAGCGACCGACUGCAGGCCUUUCAGAUCCAGUUUGACGAGCUCUGGAGGAAAUACGUGACUUACUCUGGUGGCGAGGAGCUAUUCGGACUCACCGUGAAAGAGUAUCCUGAACUUCAGAGAAUAAAACGUGAGCUGGCUCUGCUCUCCAAACUCUACAGCCUUUAUAACUCAGUCAUUGACAGCAUCAAUGGCUACUAUGAUAUACAGUGGAGUGACCUUGAUACAGAGAAGAUCAACAGUGAAUUGCUCGAUUUUCAGAACCGAAUUCGAAAGCUUCCCAAAGCCCUAAAGGAGUGGCAAGCAUUUAAUGACCUCAAGAAGAAAAUCGAUGACUUCAGUGAGACUUGUCCUCUACUGGACAUGAUGGCCAACAAGGCAAUGUUACCCAGACACUGGCAGCGGCUCUCAGAAGUCACAGGACACAAAUUUGAGGUGGAGUCAGAGAACUUCACCCUCAGGAACAUCAUGCAGGCUCCUCUCCUGAAGAAUAAAGAGGACAUUGAGGACAUCUGCAUCAGUGCUGUGAAGGAGCAAGAUAUUGAAGCCAAGCUGCGGGCCGUGGUGGCCGAGUGGAGCAGCCACCUGUUUGUCUUUGCCUCUUUCAAGAGUCGUGGGGAGCUGCUGCUGAAAGGUUCGGACACGGCGGAGAAGGUGUCCCUCAUGGAGGACAGUCUGAUGGUGCUGGCGUCGCUCAUGAGCAACAGGUACAACACCCCCUUCAAAGCCUCCAUCCAGCAGUGGGUGCAGAAGCUGUCCAAUACCACCGAGAUCAUCGAGAAGUGGCUGACCGUGCAGAACCUGUGGAUCUACCUGGAGGCCGUCUUUGUGGGAGGAGAUAUUGCCAAGCAGCUACCUCAGGAGGCAAAAAGGUUCCAGAACAUUGACAAGUCAUGGCAGAAGAUCAUGCAGCGGGCGCACGAGAUGCCCAACAUGGUGCAGUGCUGCGUGGGGGACGAGACCCUGGGCCAGCUGCUGCCCCACCUGCUGGAGCAGCUGGAGCUCUGCCAGAAAUCGCUCACCGGCUACCUGGAGAAGAAGCGGCUGCUCUUUCCACGCUUCUUCUUCGUGUCGGACCCGGCCCUGCUGGAGAUUCUCGGCCAGGCGUCCGACUCCCACACCAUCCAGCCCCAUUUGCUGAGUCUUUUUGACAAUGUCAGUCAAGUCAAUUUUCAUGAGAAGAAUUAUGACCAGAUCCUUAGUUUCCAGUCCCAGGAAGGAGAGUCAGUGGAUCUCGUCCAGCCGGUCCUGGCACAGGGAAAUGUGGAGUCUUGGCUUGGGCUCUUACUCGAUGGUGUGAGGAAGACCAUCCACAGCAUCAUCCGCCAGGCCCACCUGGCCAUCAGUGACCCUGGGCUGAAGCUGGUGGAGUUCGAGUCUGUGUUCCCAGCACAGGUCGGCCUGCUUGGUAUCCAGAUGAUCUGGACAAAGGACUCGGAGGAGGCCCUCAGUGUUGCCAAAGUGGACAAAAAGAUCAUGCAGACCACCAAUCAGAAGUUCUUAGAUAUCUUGAAUGAGCUAAUUGACAUGACAACCAAGGACUUGACCAAGAUAGAGCGAACAAAGUACGAAACACUGAUCACCAUCCAUGUGCACCAGAAGGACAUUUUUGACGACCUGGUACGCAUGAACAUCCGCUCCACCAGUGACUUUGAAUGGCAGAAGCAGUCACGCUUCUACUUCAUCGAGGACACGGAUAGGUGUGUCAUCCAAAUCACAGACGUGGAGUUUGCUUACUGCAAUGAGUAUCUCGGCUGCACAGACCGCCUGGUCAUCACUCCUCUGACUGACAGGUGCUACAUCACCCUGUCCCAGGCCCUGGGUAUGAGUAUGGGCGGGGCUCCAGCUGGCCCUGCUGGUACUGGGAAGACGGAGACCACUAAGGACAUGGGCCGCUGCCUGGGGAAGUACGUGGUGGUCUUCAACUGCUCCGACCAGAUGGACUACAGGGGACUCGGUCGCAUUUACAAAGGCUUAGCGCAGGCUGGGGUGUGGGGCUGCUUCGACGAGUUCAAUCGGAUCGAGCUGCCUGUGCUGUCGGUGGCGGCCCAGCAGAUCUACAUAGUGCUCCAGGCCAAGAAGAACAAGAAGGCCACGUUCGUGUUCACGGACGGCGACGUUGUCGACAUGGACAGCGAGUUUGGCAUCUUCCUAACCAUGAACCCGGGCUAUGCAGGCCGCCAGGAGCUUCCAGAAAACCUGAAGAUUCAGUUCCGUACGGUAGCCAUGAUGGUUCCGGACCGAGCUAUCAUCAUGAGGGUGAAACUCGCCAGUGCCGGCUUUCGGGAGAACCAGGUCCUCAGCAGGAAGUUCUAUACACUUUACAAGCUAUGCGAAGAGCAACUCUCGAAGCAGGUUCACUAUGACUUUGGUCUACGGAACAUCCUGUCUGUGUUGAGGACGCUGGGAGCAGUGAAGAGGUCCAACCCCGAGGAACCGGAGAAGACUGUGGUGAUGAGGGUGUUGCGGGAUAUGAACCUCUCUAAACUGGUGGAUGAGGAUGAGCCUCUCUUCAUGAGCUUGAUCGACGACCUGUUUCCGGGGAUCACCCUGGACAAGGCCGGUUACCCCGAGCUCGAGGAGGCCAUCUGCAAGCAGACAGAGCGAGCUGGUCUCAUCGCUCACCCGCCCUGGGUGCUGAAGAUGGUGCAACUCUAUGAGACCCAGCGGGUCCGGCAUGGUAUGAUGACCCUUGGACCUAGUGGAGCAGGAAAGAGCAGCUGCAUCCACACGCUCAUGAAGGCCAUGACAGAUUGCGGGGCACCGCACAGAGAAAUGCGCAUGAAUCCCAAAGCCAUCACCGCCUCGCAGAUGUUUGGCACACUGGAUGUGGCCACCAAUGACUGGACAGAUGGCGUGUUUUCCACCCUGUGGAGGAAGACGCUGAAAACCAAGAAGGGGGAUCAUGUUUGGAUAGUGCUGGAUGGUCCUGUGGAUGCCAUCUGGAUAGAGAACCUGAACUCCGUGCUGGACGACAAUAAGACCCUGACUCUGGCAAACGGUGACCGCAUCCCCAUGGCACCCAACUGCAAGAUCGUCUUUGAGCCCCAUAACAUCGACAAUGCCUCCCCAGCCACAGUCUCUCGGAAUGGCAUGGUCUUCAUGAGCUCCUCAGUGCUGAACUGGCAGCCCAUCUUGCAGGCCUGGUUGCUGAAGCUACCUGCCCUGCAGGCUGAAACUUUGUCUGGCUGUUUCAACAGGAGCUUCCAGGAUUUAAUCAACUUCGUUUCCACUGCCGUGUCCCCGAAAAUGCACAUCCUGGAGUGUAUGUACAUCAAGCAAGCCAUUGACCUUUUGCAAGGUCUACUGCCCCCACUGGCGGAGGAGGGUGACGCGGCCCGCCUGCACGUGACGCGACUCUUCGUGUUCGCCAUCAUGUGGUCCGUGGGGGCCCUCCUGGAGCUGGAGGACCGGUCCAGGAUGGAGAGCUUCCUGAAGUCCCACUCCUCCUUCCCAGAACUCCCAAAAACCCAAGGAGACGAGACCAUCUUUGAGUUUGUGGUGAAUGAGCACGGAGAAUGGGAACACUGGUCCAGAAAGGUCCCUGAAUAUAUAUACCCCAAAGACUCAGUACCGGACUACGCCUCCAUCCUGGUCCCGAAUGUGGACAAUGUGCGCACAGACUUCCUCAUGCAGAUGAUAAUGAAGCAGGGAAAAGCCAUCCUGUUGAUUGGAGAGCAGGGCACGGCCAAGACGGUCAUGAUCAAGGGUUAUAUGAGUAAAUACGACCCUGAGACUCACCUGACCAAGAGCCUGAGCUUCUCCUCGGCCACCCUACCCAACAUGUUCCAGAAGAGCAUCGAAAGCUACGUUGACAAGCGCAUGGGUGCCACUUAUGGGCCCCCUGCGGGUAAGAGGAUGACUGUCUUCAUCGAUGACAUCAACAUGCCCGUGAUCAACGAAUGGGGUGACCAGAUCACCAAUGAGAUCGUCCGCCAGCUGAUGGAACAGGGGGGCUUCUACAACCUCGACCGGCCGGGGGAGUUCACCAGCCUGGUGGACAUCCAGUUUGUGGCGGCCAUGAUCCACCCAGGCGGGGGUCGUAACGACAUCCCACAGCGCCUCAAACGGCAAUUCAGCAUCUUUAACUGCACCCUGCCCUCCAACUCUUCCAUAGACAAAAUCUUCCACACGGUCGCUCAGGGCUACUUCUGCCCCGAGAGAGGUUUCCCACCUGACGUGUGCACCCUUGCGGGGAAGCUGGUGCCCACCACCAGGAAGGUGUGGCAGGCCGUCAAAAGCAAGAUGCUGCCGACACCUGCGAAGUUCCAUUACAUCUUUAACCUGCGGGACCUCAGCCGCAUCUGGCAGGGGGUCCUGAAAGUGACGGCGGAGGUGUGCCAGAGCCCAGAGGUGCUCUUCGCCCUCUUCCAGCACGAGUGCUCGCGGGUCAUCGCCGACCGCUUCACCAAUCAGCAGGACAAGGAGUGGUUUGAUGCUACCGCGGAGAAGAUAGCGAGAGAGGAGCACGGCGCCUCGCUGGCCGCAGACUCUCCUAGGGACUCUUACUUUGUGGAUUUCCUCAGAGACGCCCCUGAGGCCACGGGAGACGAAGCCGAGGAGGCUGAGCUGGAGGCGCCCAAGGUGUACGAGCCCGUGCCGUCGUUCGACGUCCUGUCGGUCCGCCUGGGCCUGUUCCUGCAGCAGUACAACGAGGCGGUACGAGGCAGCAACGUGGACCUCGUGUUUUUCCGGGACGCCAUGAUCCACCUGGUGAAAAUCUCCCGCAUCAUUAGCACGUCACAGGGAAACGCGUUGCUGGUGGGGGUGGGCGGCUCCGGCAAACAGAGCCUCACCCGACUGGCCUCGUUCAUCGCUGGCUACCAGAGCUAUCAGAUCACACUCACCAGGACGUACAACAUCAGCAAUUUAAUGGAUGACCUGAAGUUCCUCUACCGCACUGCUGGUCAGAAAGGGAAGGGCGUCACCUUUAUCUUCACAGACAAUGAGAUAAAGGACGAGUCCUUCUUAGAGUACCUGAACAACGUGCUGGCAUCCGGAGAAGUAUCCAACUUGUUUGCCCGGGACGAGGUGGAUGAGAUCGCACAGGAGCUCAUCCCGGUGAUGAAGCGCGAUCAGCCCCGCCGCCAGCCCACCCCCGAGAACCUCUACGACUACUUUCUGUCACGGGUACGGAGCAACCUGCACGUGGUGCUCUGCUUUUCGCCGGUGGGGGACAAGUUCCGAACCCGAGCGCUGAAAUUCCCGGGCCUGAUCUCGGGCUGCACCAUGGACUGGUUCCAGCGCUGGCCCCGGGACGCCUUAGUGGCCGUGGCCCAACACUUCCUGGCCCAGUACCGAGUCGAGUGCUCCGACGAAGUGAAGCACAGCACUGUGGGAACCAUGGGCACUUUCCACGACCUGGUAGCUGAGAAAUGCGUUGAGUACUUCGACCGCUUCCGGCGCCAGACGUACGUCACUCCCAAAUCCUACCUGUCCUUCAUCGAAGGCUACAAGAUCAUUUACUCUGAGAAAAUAGCCCAUGUUGGAAUGCUUGCAGAACGUAUGAAAACAGGUCUGGCCAAGCUGAUGGAAGCUGAGGUGUCUGUAAAUCAGUUGUCCAAAGAGCUGGCCCUGAAGGAGAAAGACCUCGAGGUAGCAUCCCAGAAGGCAGAUGGCGUCUUGCAGGAGGUGACCGUAAAGGCCCAAGCGGCUGAGAAAGUCAAGGCACAGGUGCAGAAGGUGAAAGACAAGGCCCAGGCCAUCGUGGACGAAAUUGAGGCAGACAAAGUGGUAGCAGAAUCCAAACUGGAAGCGGCUAAACCAGCGCUGGCUGCGGCCGAGGCGGCAUUACAGACUAUCAAGCCGGCCGACAUCGCCACAGUGCGGAAGCUGGGCAAGCCGCCCCAUCUGAUCAUGCGCAUCAUGGACUGUGUGCUGCUACUCUUCCAGCGGAGGGUGGACCCCGUCACCAUGGACUCUGAGCGGCCUAGCGUGCGACCCUCUUGGGCCGAGGCCCUCAAGCUCAUGAACAACUCUGGCUUCCUCAGCAUGCUGCUGUCCUUCCAGAAGGAUACUAUCACCGAAGAGGUGGUGGAGCUUCUCACGCCGUACCUGGAGAUGGAUGAUUACAACCUGGAGGCCGCCAAGAGGAUCUGUGGCAACGUGGCCGGCCUUUGCUCGUGGACCGAAGCCAUGGUCGAUUUCUUUGGCAUCAACAAAGAAGUUCUGCCUCUGAAGGCCAACCUGGCCCUACAGGAAGCACGGCUGGAGGUGGCCCAGGGGGAGCUGGCCCAGGCACAGGAGCAGUUGGACGCCAAGCAGCGGGAGCUGGACGCGGUGCAAGCGCUGUAUGAUGCCGCCAUGACGGAGAAGCAGGCGCUGCUGGACGACGCACAAGCCUGUCGUCGCAAGAUGGCCAACGCGACAGCACUUAUCGAGGGGCUGGGAGGGGAGAAGGUCCGCUGGACCGAGAGCAGUGCCCAGUUCCAGAAUCAGAUCAAGUGCCUUGUUGGGGACGUGCUCCUAGCCACUGGCUUCCUGUCUUACUCUGGCCCCUUCAACCAGGAGUUCCGGAACCUGCUUCUGCAGGAGUGGAGGAAGGAGAUGAGUGUGCAGCACAUCCCUUACAGUGAAGAUCUAAAUGUGAUCAGCAUGCUGGUUGACAAUGCCACCAUUGGGGAGUGGAACCUUCAGGGCCUGCCUAGUGACGAUCUGUCCAUCCAGAAUGGCAUUAUUGUCACCAAGGCCUCACGCUACCCUCUCUUGAUUGACCCUCAAGGCCAAGGGAAAAUCUGGAUCAAGAACAGGGAGAAAACAAAGGAACUACAGGUGACGUCUUUAAACCACAAGUACUUCAGAACUCAUCUUGAGGAUUCCCUAUCUCUUGGGCGCCCCCUACUGAUUGAGGAUGUUGGGGAGGAGCUUGAUCCUGCACUGGAUAAUAUUCUGGAGAAGAAUUUCAUCAAAUCUGGCUCAACAUAUAAAGUCAAGGUGGGGGACAAAGAGGUGGAUGUGAUGAAGGGGUUCACCCUAUACGUCACCACCAAGCUGGCCAACCCGGUCUACACCCCGGAGAUCAGUGCCAGGACCGCUGUCAUCGACUUCACUGUCACCGUCAAGGGGCUUGAGGACCAGCUGCUGGGCCGCGUCAUUCUACUGGAGAAGCAGGAGCUGGAAUCGGAGCGCGUGAAGCUGUUGGAGGAGGUAACCUUGAACAAGAGGAAGAUGCAGGAGCUGGAGGAUAAUCUGCUGUACCGACUGACCAGCACGCAGGGCUCUCUCGUUGAGGAUGAGUCCCUCAUCGAGGUGCUCAGGGUCACCAAAAGCACAGCACAGGAGGUGAGCGAAAAGCUGGCAGUUGCUGCUGAGACUGAGAUCAAAAUAAACUUGGCCAGGGAGGAGUACCGACCAGUGGCCACAAAGGGCAGCAUUCUCUACUUCCUGAUCGUGGAAAUGAGUCUCGUCAACAUCAUGUAUCAGACUUCCCUCCGGCAAUUCCUUGGGCUUUUCGACACGUCCAUGGAAGGCUCCGCAAAGACGCAGAUCACCUCCAAGAGGAUCGCCAACAUCGUGGAGUUUCUCACUUAUCAAGUUUUCCUGUACACGGUCCGGGGUCUUUAUGAAGAUCACAAGUUCCUCUUCACCUUGCUGUUGGCCUUAAAGAUAGACUUGCAGGCGAAAAAAAUAUCACACAAUGAGUUCCAGGCCCUUAUCAAAGGUGGGGCUUCUUUGGAUCUCAAUUCUGUUGAGCCCAAGCCAAAGCGCUGGAUUCUGGACAUGACCUGGCUGAACUUGGUGCAGCUGUCUGGCCUGCACCCCUUCACACAGCUCCUGGUCCAGGUGGCCCACAAUGACCGGGCCUGGAAAGCCUGGUAUGACUCCGAAGCCCCUGAGGAGGUCACCGUCCCUGAUGGAUAUGACAACAUCAUGGACACCUUCAGGAAGUUACUGCUCAUUCGGUGCUGGUGUCCAGAUCGCACCAUUGCACAGGCCCGGCACUACAUCGCCGACUCUCUGGGAAGCCGGUACGCCGAGGGCGUCGUCCUGGAUAUGGAGGCCUUGUGGGCUGAGAGCGACAAAAGGACUCCCAUGGUCUGCCUGUUGUCCAUGGGUUCGGAUCCCACAGAGAAUAUAGAGCGUCUAGCCAAAACAAAGAAUGUGCAGUGCCGUGCCAUAUCCAUGGGCCAGGGCCAGGAAGUGCAUGCUCGCCGCUUGCUGACCCAGAGCAUGGCGGAAGGCGGCUGGCUGCUACUACAGAACUGCCACCUGGGCCUCGACUUUCUGGAUGAGCUGCUGGAGACAGUGACGACAGCCGAUGGCAUCAACGAUGGCUUCAGGGUAUGGAUCACCACGGAGAUGCACCCCAGGUUCCCCAUCAACCUGCUGCAGUCGUCCAUCAAGUUCACCAAUGAGCCGCCGCAAGGUGUGAAAGCUGGCCUAAAGCGGACCUACAGCACCGUGACCCAGGAGCAGCUGGACCUCAGCAACUUGCCCCAGUGGAAACCUCUGCUGUACGCUGUGGCCUUUCUCCACACGACGGUCCAGGAGAGGCGUAAGUUUGGUCCCCUGGGUUGGAACAUCCCAUAUGAGUUUAACCAAGCGGACUUUACAUCCAGCGUGCAGUUUGUGCAAAACCACCUGGACGAGAUGGACGCCAAGCGUGGGGUGAAUUGGAUCUGCCUGCGCUACAUGCUUGGGGAAGUCCAGUACGGAGGCAGGGUCACAGAUGACAUGGACAAGCACCUCCUGAACACCUUUGCCCAGGUCUGGUUCAGUGAAAAUAUGUUCACUGAGAAGUUCUGCUUCUACAAGGGCUACAUAAUCCCUAAAGGAAAAAGUGUCCAGGAUUACCUGCAGUAUAUUGACACACUGCCACUCGUGGAUACACCAGAGGUUUUUGGUCUCCAUCCGAAUGCUGACAUAACCUAUCAGACGAACAUGGCCAAUCAGACACUGAGCACCAUUGUCAACAUCCAGCCGAAGGACAGUGGGGGCGGGGGCGGUGAGACGCGGGAGGCAGCCGUGCUGAGGCUCGCCAAUGAGAUGCUGGAGAAGCUGCCAGCUGAUUACGUACCGCAUGAGGUCAGAGGCAGACUUCAGAAGAUGGGCCUCUUCCAGCCCAUGAACAUCUUCUUGCGGCAGGAGAUUGACCGCAUGCAGCGCAUCAUCGCGCGCGUCCGGAGCACCCUCAGCGACCUCAAACUAGCUAUCGAUGGCACUAUCAUAAUGUCAGAGGACUUGAGAGAUGCUCUGGACAAUAUGUAUGAUGCCCGCAUCCCCAAGCUAUGGUACAAGAUCUCCUGGGAGUCAGCUACCCUAGGAUUCUGGUUCACAGAGAUGCUGGAGAGAAACCAGCAGUUCCACACAUGGCUCUUCAGCGGCCGACCCAAUCAGUUCUGGCUGACAGGCUUCUUUAACCCACAGGGUUUCCUGACAGCCGUUCGCCAGGAGACCACACGCAUGAACGCAGCCAAGGGGUGGGCCUUGGACACCGUCAUCCUGCACAACGACGUUACCAAGGUGAUGAGGGAGGACAUCGCAGGCCCCCCGCCAGCGGACGUAGGUGGCGUCUACAUCCACAGUCUCUUCCUGGAUGGAGCUGGGUGGGACAGGAGGAACGCGAAGCUCACAGAGUCACCCCCCAAGGUUCUCUUCACUCCCCUCCCUGUGGUCCAUGUCUAUGCUAUCAGUACCGCUUCAUCCCCGGAUCCAAAACACCAGCAGGUGGCGACUCUCUACUCCUGCCCUGUCUACAAGAAACCUCGACGUACUGACCUCACUUAUAUCUUCUCCCUGUUCUUACGCACAUCAAAGGCGCCGGACCACUGGACGCUCCGCGGUGUGGCGCUUCUGUGCGACUCUAAAUGAGAGGCCGUGUCCUGCAAUGCCACCUCCUGGACUCUAGAGGGAUACAUCAGGGGUCAGCCAGGUCACAUCCUUAAGGAUAGGACCUGUUGUGUCUUUUAGAGAGGUCUCGUGAAAUUGGUCUAUCUAGUCAUCAAACCUUCAUCAGCAAAAUAGUGACAUGUAUGUGGAAUGAGAGCAUCUGACAUUUUUGCAUUCAGUUUCUCCUGCAUUUAAGAAAUGCAUGGAUUAACGUAUUCUGUCACCAGAUGAGUGGCUGGAGAUGGGUGAAUGGCUAGAUUACUAAACUUUAUUGUUAUGUGUUUUUUUUUUAAUGAUGCUGUCAUCUAAAUCAGUGAUUGAUCCAUUUUUGCAGAUGCACUUAAAAUAGUGUAAUUUGAUUCUUCUUGUCAAACAUUUUGACGAGGUAUUGUGCAAAGAAGGAAAAACGUACCAUGUAAUUUGCUCUCUUUGGAACUUCAAGAAACAAAAUAUAUUGAUUCUGAAUGCCUGAAAAUCAUGUUUCUUAUUUCCAAGUAUUUCUCAUUUCCAAAUAUUUCAAUGAUCCUGAUGUUUUUGGGUUACAUUUCAGUGGUAUAAAAAGGGAAAACUGAACAGUACUUAGAUCAUUAACCUUCUAUAAUGUGAAGCGACAGUUUUAUAUUUUAUAUGUAUAUUUAUAUUAUAUAUAUAUAUAUAUAUAUAUACACACACACUUUUCCCUCAUUUUCCACAUAAUACAGCAGUGAUAUAUUUAUGAAACAUAUUUUUAUUGUUAAUUAUACCAGAAGAAAUUAUUCAUGCAUCCACUCUAAUUUGUAUAAACAAAUUGAAUAAAUUUCAUGCAUUGACUGUGUAUAGAAACAAGAAUAAAAAAUACAAACUGAUAACAUAUCAUCUAUCACUAAUCUACGGUGUUGACACAAGAAUAUUCUAUUAGAGUAUCAGAUAAAAGAAUAUGAUGUAUUCUUUUAUUUAAUUUAGAUUUCCAAACAUGAAAGUGAAAAAUACAAAUGAGUAUGCACAGAAUUCUGUGUUCUGCUGGAAUGAAGGAUGAUAAAUACCACUGUCAAACUGAAGUCUACUGUGGUUAUACUGUAAUUGCUGCUAUAUUACAUAUUUUUAAACUAUUAUAAAUGUAGAAUAUCAAGUACGUUACACCAAGCUAAGGAUCAGAAAACAUUAAAUUAAAAUAGAUUGAUAAAUUUAACAUCCCAGAGUAGAAAUAUGAUUUUUAAAAUCAGUGAUAAAGUAUUCCGUUCAGUAUCACAUCAACAGUAAACUACUCAUAUCAGACAAUGUAUUUAGCUAUUAAUCACAUGAAACAAAUUCUUUUUUUUAAUGAACUUUUAUAAACUUAAGCUGUACAGUAUUAUGGAGUUCAUUUAUGAUGUCAUUUAGUUCGCAACAGAUUUUUAAUAAAUCUACAUUAUAUAACUAUAUCAUGCAGCUUUAGCAAGAUGUAUAAACAUUUACAUAUUGUGCAAAUUACCACCAUCAAUUUGCAAUACUGAAGACUAUGAUAGACUUUGCACUAAUAAAUAUUCAACUAAAA